UGGACAGACACGCCCACAUCCUGACGUCACGGCAGCAGGCGUGUUUUCAGAGGAAAGCAGAGAAGACCGAGAGAAAGAGACCAUGUAAAACACACUGUUGAGGGGACAUAAGGUAUUUACAGCCUUGUCAGUGUGGGAAUGAGAUGAAACAGCCCUGAAAGACUCAAAGUUUCCUCCGUUGGAGCCGUGUGGGUAACGCGUUUGUUUGUUUUGAAGGUGAUCGUGAUGGAGAAGUGUCUGUGGUGCACCAAGUCCCUGGAGGUGGAGGGUGACGUGGCGAUCGUCACCAUGCUGCGUCACUACAGCUCAGGACGGCUGUCUGAGAGAGAGAUGGACUCUCUGAAUGAAGACCUCAGCUGCUGUCUGGAGUGUGUGGUGGAGUAUCAUCGAGCCAGAGACCAGGUCCCUGAUCUGCACAAGCGUUUGUGGGAAAUGGAGAAAGCUCGACUCGUGCGUUUGUUGGGAACCGUUCUGGACCAGGAGCUGGAGGAGGACGAUAUCUUUAUUAUCGAAGAUGAUCACGAGGAGCCAGUGUCGAAGAUCUCGCCUGCAGAAUUCCACGACCGUCUCCGUUUCCCGCUGUUCGAAGUUCUUAAGUAUCCGUACCUGCUUUGCUACCGUGAUCUGUGUAAGUCACGCUCCCAUAUCCAACUUCAUUUCGUGUGUCAUGUUCUUUUGUGCCCUACAGGUAUCUGUAUGUUACUAACACAGCUCAGCGCUGAGGCAAUGGACUCCCUGUUCAUGGGACAGUUUAACAUCCCACUUUGCAUACUCAACACAAUGGAAGGAUUGAAAAAUGAGGACAAUCCAGCUUCUGACCCAUUCUGGCCAGCCCUUCACUGUUUUAUGGUAAUUCUGGACCGACUUGGUUCUAAGAUCUGGGGUCAGGUUGACCCUAAUAUGGCUUUCCAGACAAUCACCGGAGCAGCCAGCUAUGUUGCGGAAAUAAAGAACAUCCAGAAAAAAACCAUGCGCAUAAUCCAUGAGGAGGAGGAGGAGGAGGAUGAUGACGAUGAACCCCUUGAUGUCAGACGAACCCGUUUGAUAAAAUCGGUCAACCCCAAGGUUGAAUCUAGCGACUCCGAAGUUGACAGUAGUGCUGUUGGAAAAACUCAUAACAGGUCCAUGGGCAGCUCACUGGAAAAUGUGAAGUCCAGUACCAUUGUUAUCUCUGAUGAGGAUUCUGGUAACGAUGAAAGGCCAAAUGACAUCCUAAGGUCUCCAGAAGAUCGUGUCAUGCCUGAGAGCCCGGGUCGUGAUUAUGAUGAUCUCAGUGAAUCACAGGUCUUCGAGUUUGAGACCCAGCAAUAUGUGGCAUCCUCCUGGGAUGAUUCAGAUUUUGAUGCAUCAGUCUUGACGAAGAAGCCCAAAUCAGACCAACUACUCAAACCACAGGUGGAUGAAGCUCCUCGUGACGCGUCUCCAAGUUCAGAGACUGAACUAAUUCUAGAUGAGGACACUGAGAGGGCCUGUCAGCAAGCAGAAGAUAAGAUCAGAGAGCAGCAGCCACAAGAGCCAGCGGAUUCAUGUGCAUCGUCAUGGUCCAAAGCAUCCAGUACUGCAGAAAGCUGGGAUAAAUUUGUCAAACCAAAACCUCUGCUGGUUAGAAGUGCAAAAACAACUCCAUCUGAUAAGAAAAAGCCAUUGAUAAUUGAUGCCCUUGCGCAAAAAAUCAGACGCCACCCCUGGAAACGCAACUCCACAUCUCAGGACGUAGAGGAACCCUCCUCUUCAACUACUCCAUCCUCAUGUGGUAUAUCACCUUCUCCGUCCUCCAGCUGUGUUUCCUCUUAUUUUUCUGCCCCCAGUUCACAUGGCACCCCUGCCAUUGUUCCUCCAAAGAAGGUGCGUAAAGUUGUUGAGCCAGAAUCAACAGCAGAGCGUUUAGGAUUAAAAAAGAAGGAAAGGAAAGCCUUUGAACUUUCUCAGCGUUCCCUGGAUUGUGUUGCUAAACUGAGGUGCCAUGGCCAAAAAGUGCAGGUGGAACCACAACAGAAGACAAGGCGAAUGUGUCGAGCCACUAAGACUUCUCCACAGAAACGUAUUGUAAAAAGCAACAAGAAACUUCUGGGAUCGCAAGAUAUUCAGUUUUUCAGGCAAAGUCGUGAGAAGCAUCAGAGGCUAACAACAGCAGGAGCCAUCGCAACAUUCGCUUCCAAACCAGCAAAGAUCAAUCAGCCGGGUGAAGUGCACUUGCCGAAACCUACAGUUGCAAGCAGCGAGGCUGGUGAUUUCUUUCCCUGUCCUCCGCCGAAUCCUGACCAUCAGCAGGAUAAUGAAAAUGCUGCAUCAGAAACCAGUUCUAAAGGUGAUGGGGUUGGAAAUAAUAAGAGAAUAGAAUCCAAGUACUUCCAAGUCAGUGAGACUGCUGAUGUCAACAUGGAAGAAGAAAAACCUACUUGGGCAUCAAAAGAGCAGGAGGAGGAGGAGGAGGAUGAUGAUGAUGAAAAAGAAGGGAUGUUCCUCACUCAGAUGGAACCCACCGAUAUGGAACUGUGCUCUCAAAUGGAGCAGUUGGAGGAAGAAAAUGGUGAAGAACUCUUUCUUACCCAGAGAGAUCCGGUUGACAUGGACAUUGAUACGGAUAGUGAGUCAGAUACCCCGGGGCAACUAGUGUUGACACCUAAACCAACUCUAACUCAUAAUGGUGGAAAUGAUGAUCAUUUGUUCUUGAAGCCUGGCAUGUCACCCAUGUCUCAGAAAAAGGCCAAACCUUCCACUACAAAAAUAUACACCCCCAGCUCCCGCAGUGCCUCACUUGUCCUUGAAAUGGAAAAAGGAGCUAAGCCUCCUUCUGGUGCUAAUGUUGCUAAAGCGAAGAUUCCCCGACUGCCCCCAACAAAGCCACCUCCGAAAACAUUUCAACCUCUCCAUCCCUCACAAUUCCCGAAGCCACUUCCUUCACAGCAAUCUCCUUAUGCUCCUAAAUUGGUCACUAGUACUAAAAUAAGCUCUACCUUGGAGCCACCAUCUUACAAGGUAUACCAAAGACCUGAGCCUCCAGUUAACAAACCAGUACCUGCGACGGAUCAGAGCCUGAAGUUUGACCUUUCAGUCUUGACCCAAGCAAUCCUUAAAUGGGAAUAUAGGAUGCUUGACAAUUACAAAGCAUUUGGGAGUCCACAUGAUCUUUGCCAACUACCGCUGAAGAAGGUGCCAGUUACGUUUCCCAGCUACCUGGAGUACUUCAGCACCUUGUAUCCCCUGCUGCAAAUUAAUGCAUUUGAAGAGAUGGCUGGUGAAUGGCUCAAAGAGGGCAGAGUCAAGCUUCACCUAACAGUCCAGGGUAUCGAAUACAGCAAUCGCACAGCUAGUGCCAGCUUCACAGCAAGCAUUUCUCAGGAAACUGAUAUGAAACAACUCUACCCGAAAGAAGAUGACCUUGUGCUUCUUUGGUUGCCUGACAACACUGGGGCAUAUGCCCAUGAUGAACCUAAUUUCCAUGAACCACAUCCUCAUUUCGGUUAUGUGUCCCGGUCCAGUGUUUCUAACAGAGAUCCAGGUUCCAGGUCAACCCUAAACUUGACGAUUCAGACUCGUGGUAAUGUAUCUUCUGUGAAUUCCCAACCUGUGCUCUGUGAAGUUAUUGGGUCAUUGAUCAGCAUAUUCCGGGAGUUCCGUGCGCUGUGUUUGCUGCGAAAUAGACCAAUGUUGCGACCUCUUCUUGCUCCAAAUGGGUCUUAUUUCACACACACUCUGGAUAGCCCACCGGACCUGGAUUCACCGGAGUUCAACAGGGACCAGGCAAGAGCAAUAGCUUGUGGUCUUGCCAUGAUACAGAGAACGCAGAAGACCCCAAAAUUUCUCCUCAUUCAUGGUCCUCCAGGAACCGGGAAGAGUAAAACCAUUGGUGGCCUGUUGUACAAACUACUGUCUUCGGGUACUAACAGUGCUGCUCCUGCGGGGAACUUUCACUCCAAGUCUCGACGGACCCGUGUUCUUCUCUGUGCACCCUCAAACGCUGCCAUCGACAGUCUGAUGAAGAAAGUCAUUUUGAUCUUUAAAGAGAAAUGCCGAAACAUCACCGCUCCUCAAGGUAACUGCGGUGACAUAAACCUGGUACGAUUGGGAAGUGAAAGGACCAUCUCGAAGUCACUAAAACCUUUCAGCCUCGACCACCAGACUAAAGCUAGAGCACAGCGAGCCCAGCAAACUGUAGAAGCUGACAUACACCGGCAGAAAGAGCAACUGGACCAAAAUAUUGACAAUCUCUCCCAGCGAUGUGCAAAGACCAAGAAGGAUUCUUCUGAGUUCAAGAUGUUGAUAGAGCAGAAGUUGCAGCUUCUGAAGGAGAGAGAAGGACUGAGUCGGCAGAUUAAAGAGUGUCGCAGUAGGCGACAGGAAAGUCAAGCUCUUGUGCUGCAAAAUGCUCAUGUGAUCUGCUGCACGCUCAGCACCAGUGGAAGUACUGUCCUCGAGAAUGCUCGUCUCGGACAUGAACCGUUUAGCUGUGUCAUCAUCGAUGAGGCUAGUCAGGCUAAAGAAACUGAGACUCUGAUUCCCAUCCUGUACCAAAGUCCUGCUGUAAUCCUUGUUGGUGAUCCCAACCAGCUUCCACCAACGGUUGUCUCCCAGAAGGCAAAGGAGUUUGGCUACGACCAGUCUCUUAUGGCAAGGUUAUGCAAAAGUCUUUAUCAGUCAAACCCAGAACUCCAUCCCAUCCUCCUGCUCAGCGUACAGUACCGCAUGCACCCGGACAUCUGUGAAUUUCCCUCCAAGUACAUCUACAACAGCGCUCUCAAGGACGACUGUGAGACCGCUCAGAAGCGCCGUUCCCUCAGCUGGCCCUUCAAGCCCUACAAAGUGUUCGAUGUGACUGAUGGGAUAGAGAAGAAGGAGAGCGAUUCAUUUUCAAACCACAAAGAGGUCAAGUUGGUCUUGCUGCUGUUGAAGCUGCUGGGCAAGAAGCAGUCCGUGCGAGUGGGCGUCAUCACGCCCUACAACGCCCAGAAACAACGCAUACUGGAAGCCAUCAGGGGUUCAGGCAUCGACAACAAGCAACUUCAGGUUGAUGUGGAUACUGUCGAUGGCUUUCAGGGCAGAGAAAUGGACUGCAUCAUUGUGUCUUGCGUGAGAGCAAGCAGUGAAACUGGUUCCAUUGGGUUUGUUGGAAAUCGGCAGAGAAUGAAUGUAACCAUUACCAGAGCCAGAUUUAGUCUCUUCAUACUGGGACAUCUACGCACCCUCAGGGAACAAAGUGAUUGGGGAGCUUUGUUUGAGGAUGCUAGGAGACGUAAAACUAUAAUCAAAACCAUGCAAAAUGAUUUUGAAAGCGACGCCAGGCAGAUUCUUAAACAAGAACCGCCGGCCCGCAGUCUUUCUUAUCCCCCAAUCAGGAGACCAAGCACUGUGACCGCACCUGUUAUACAUGCACCUGUGGAAACAGGCCCCGCCCCCACGCCCCACCCCCAGCGUGACACGAGCAACAUGUCUACGCCGCGGCUAAUACCUUUGGUAUAUCCUAAUAACCCACGGACGAAUGACAGGCCCACAGACCCACGGUUUGCAGAGCGGCGGCCAAUCGGAGAACAGAGACCGGACAGAGAUGGGCGGGGCUUACCAAGGUCACGCCACUCCACAAACAGAGCUAAUUCAUGUGAAGCUGACUCUAGAAGUACUGGCCGGCGUUCCAGAUACUUCCAGAAACACCGCGGUUCUUCACCUUCGAGACGACACAGGAGAUAAAUUAAUUAUCCCUGUUUUUAUUUGUCAUUAAAGCUUCACAGCAGUGUAUUAAGAGCGAGAGAUUAUUCUUCCUCAUGUCCUCUUCUCCAUGUUUUGAGAACCCACUAUGCACAAAGGUCAUUGUUAAACUCCUCUUUCUCCGGCAAUGGCUUAACGGUUAGCUUGACAAAUUAGUUUGAUGGCAGUGCUUACUGCUCACCUAAUCUUGGACUCUUUCUAACGGUCUUUUGCUGCAAAAUUAAUAUUAAAGAUCUAUUUUAUGCAUGAAGAGGGAUGUUUUGUGUACAACAGAUUUUGGUUUUUUUGGACCUUGUGCUUGUCUCCAGAAAAUAUAUAUUAAUGCAAUAACUACACUUUCUUAAGCAGUCGGACUUGCUCUGAAGUAACCAUUUCUUUGGGGGUUUGAGUCUGUAUAGUUUGUCACUUAUUUGAAUGUAACAUUGAUUUAAAGGUUCUUGCAGGAAUGGAUUCGGUGUGUAAAUGUGUUGUGCAUAAAUGCAGUGCCGUUUGUUUCAUUGGUUGUUUUAUACUGACUUUUAACAUUCUGGUUUAUUGUAAAACAUACUGGAUUAUUUUUGAUUGAGCUGACUGUUAGAAUUUAUUUAAUUUUUUGGAAGUAGGCUAACUUUGAUUAUUGUCACUAUUCUGGUGGAGAAGAACAGAACCAUUAUUGCUUAACAUUUUAAUUUCAAAUAUAAAAUGCCAUGUUGCAUUUAAGUUAUGAAUGAAAGUUAAGUUUGAAAUUGUACAGUAAAAGUACACAAGCCAGAUACCUGGAGACUGCGAGAUCGACCCGCUACUUUGGCUUUUUUUUUUCCCCUUGUGUGUGUGUGACCAGUUUUAGAAAAGUGUAUGAAGAGGACUUUUGUACAGAACUUGUACAGUUCUGUUUUGUACAGAUGCACUUUUUGUAGACCGGAAUUAAAAAAAACUCUUCCCUUUUUUUUUUUUUUAUUACAUUUUGGGUUUAAUUUGUAUUAUAAGAAUCCCUGUGCCACUAUUAUUCUUGAUAAACUGCAGAGAUGUGAGUGAUGCACUAAAUCAUAUAGUCCUUUAUCCCCCACUGUUUAGAAUUGAUAGAAGUACCUUGAAAUGGGUGAAUUCUACUAUAGUAAAUGAAUGCUAAUCAGUCAAAACCAUCGUCUGGACACACCACUGUGUCCCCAUCUGUACUACACUGUACCACCACCAUUAAGGCUCGUUAUCUUUCUAACCAGUCAUUUCUGACACUCUUUCCUUAAGAUCCAUAGAGAUCAAUCCCUC